CGGCCAAGCAGUCUGGUCGCUCUGCCGGAGAGGAGAGAGAGAGCGGAGGGGGGAGGGAGAGUUCCUUCCAGCGAUGGAAGAAGCGGCGGAGGAGCGAGCGGCCGCGCCGGUCGCCGCCGAGUUCGAGGAUGCGGCGGAGAACGGGACGGAGGGGGAGGAGGGAGGCUCUGCUCCCGCGGCAGAGGAGGACGCUGCUGCUGCGGCGGCAGCGUACUCGUGGCCUGAGCUCCGCUUCGAUCUCCCGCCGCGCCGCCGGUACCACUUCGCCGACCAGUUCCGCUCCCCUUGCUCCUCCUCCUCCGCCGGUAACUUCCUCAAGGGCGUCAAGUGGUCGCCCGACGGCUCCUCCUUCCUCACCAGCUCCGACGACAACUCCCUCCGCAUGUUCUACCUGUACGCGCGCGCGCCUCUCCUUGUUCCUUCCCGUACCUUCUUAUGCCCUCGACUAACGCUCCUUGUUCCUUUCUCGGCCAGGCCGGAGGACGCGUACAGUGCUGCGGCGGAGCACACCGCAGAGGCCGCCGUCGGAGGCCAAGACUCCUAUGGCGCAAGCCUCCAGGUGAACGAGGGCGAGCCCGUGUACGACUUCUGCUGGUACCCCUACAUGUCCGUGUCUGAUCCAGCCACCUGUGUGUUUGCUAGCACCAGUCGCGAUCAUCCGAUACACCUCUGGGACGCCACCACCGGCGAGCUUCGAUGCACUUACAGAGCAUACGACGCCAUGGAUGAGAUAACGGCUGCACUUUCAAUAUCGUUUAAUUCUACAGGAUCCAAGCUUUUUGCUGGAUACAACAAAGCAAUCAGAGUGUUUGAUGUUCAUCGGCCUGGUAGAGAUUUUGAGCAAUACUCUUUGCUUAAAGGGGGUGAAGGGCCAACUGGUAUAAUAUCUUCAAUCUCGUUCUCUCCUCAAAAUGGGAUGCUCGCAGUUGGCUCGUAUAGCCAGACAACAGCUGUUUAUGCGGAGGGUAACAUGGAGCCAUUAUAUGUUCUACAUGGCCAGCUUGGGGGUGUUACACAGGUGCUUUUUUCGAAAGAUGGAAAUUAUUUAUAUACUGGAGGGCGGAAGGAUCCAUACAUAUUAUGUUGGGAUAUUCGGAACACCGUGGACAUUGUUUACAAGUUGUACAGAUCGUGUGAUACUACCAAUCAAAGAGUACAAUUUGAUAUUGAGCCCUGUGGCAAGCAUCUUGCCACUGGUGGGCAGGACGGCAUGGUCCAUAUUUACGACCUUCAAGGUGGCCAAUGGGUGACAGGCUUCCAAGCAGCUGCUGAUACUGUCAACGGUUUCUCCUUCCAUCCAUACCUUCCUCUUGCUACAACAUCGUCUGGGCACAGAAGAUUUGGUAUGGAAGAUGAAUUUGAAGAGGAAUCGAGUUUGGCAGGUGAUGAGAACUGCUGCUCUGUCUGGAAGUUUUCUUGCUCACAAGAAUCUUGAAACAUCAAACCCUGAGCUGUGGAGGGACAGUUGAACAUUUUGGACAGCAGAUGCUGGAAGUACAUGGUGUAAUGCGAUCAGGCUAUAGCUGUGGGUGGGCAAGAACUGGAUGCAGACCGCUAAAACGCACACUGUACCAAUGAGUUAUUAGAGAGUUCACCGGCUUAUCCUGUUCCAGGCAGACAACUUGCUGUGCUGGGUAACAAGCUGGUAAACCAUGAUAGUACGAUUGUUUUUUGGGGAAUAUGAGCUGAUUUUUUUUAUCAUGGCAUGUAUCGAUGGGAUUUGCGUGUAUAAACACCUUGUAUGCUGGUCGAUUAGGCCCCCAUUCAAUUCAAAGUCUUAUUUACUGA